AUGGCUCGGUGGUUUCUGCUCUCAAUCCUCACUUUGAAUUUGGGUAGAGUGUCGGCGGAGGGCUUUGAUGCCUACAUCAAGGAUGCGCAGAGGGAGAAGCUUUUUACGCAGAACGGCAACGACCAAUUGCGGGCCGCGGUGAAAGAGGUCGAGGAGCAAAACCAAGACAAAGUUGUGCUGUACCACGCGAUGCCGCUGAACGGCUACCUGAUGGCCUGGCUCGCGCAGGCCCUAACGGCCAAAGAGAGCACGGAGUGGCAGAAGACACCGGGCGUUUCUGCCGAGUUGAAGUUCAGUCUCCGCCACUUUGAGCCUGGCAUGAGCUUUCCCUCCUUCACCCUGCACAAAGCAUCACUUUGCGACACUCCUUGGUGCAUUCGGAAAGUGCGAGACGCCGAUCCGGAACAAGCGAAGGUCCUCGGCGACGGGGAAUGGAGCAACAACAUGGACAUGCCCGAGGAUCGGAAAGAGUGGAAAGUCUUCGAGGUCGCGUACGACAACCAUGUAGAGAAGGUAUAUCAUGAUUGCAGCGCCCUCGUGUAUGCUGACUUGGCGGAAGACAACAACAAGAACGGCCCACUACUGGAGGAAACAGCCCUGGCAGAUGCGCACGUCAGCACAGGCAAGCAGUUCGCCGAAUAUUUGGACGCCAAGGUCGGUGAGAAGUGGGAGGACACGCCUGCUUAUGAUGGCUUAGGAAUGUCGACAGUAGGUGUCCAGGACAGACUCCUCGAUGCACAGAUCAACUUGCUCGGCAGCUCGCGCAUCGGCUUCGAGCAAAUGAACGAAGAAGAAAGCAUGUGGAAACAUUUCACGUCGUGGAAGGAGGCGGAGUUCGACUUGAAGUCCGAGCAAUUGGGGGACAGCGUGAACGAGGGAGUGGCAGAUUUUGGUGACCGAACGCCUCUGCUUGAUCAAGUGCUCGAUCCCUUGAAACCUUCGCCGGCGACGCUCCAGAAGGUUUCCAACCUGCUCUCUUUGCUGAGAUGCACAGCGCUGAUGCGCUUUCCGGCCAGAUCAGAAGACUUUAAUCACAGGACUGGAAUCAUGAGCAAAUGCUGGAGCGGAGAUCGCGCGCCCUUCCCACCGGACUUGCAAAAGAUGAAUCUUGAUGGCGUGGCAAGUAAGCGGACGAAGGCUGCGGCUACCGCCCUCCAAAAUGGUGGCCUGCCGACCGCAGAAGAGACGCGCGGCUUCGCCAGGGUUCUCUUGCAAGUGGUGCUACCGACGGACGUGGCCAAUGACCUGGCCUACGUCAGUACGGACUGGCAACCGAAGUUCCCGAGGCGUCGGCCACCCGGGACGCCUGAGCCAUGGCAGCGAGCCGGCCACGAGCAUGAGGAUUGGAAGGACAAGAGUUUCAUGGAUGCCUACAAAUUGCUGAAGAACACGGCGCAAGGUGACAAGGUCACGGCACGCCUGCUCUUGAAGCGGGACUGGGGUCUUUCGCCCUCCGACCCAGAGUCCGUGAAGAUCAUUGCCACCUCCAUGGCCUUUGCAGACCCGGAGUUUAUGGAGUUCGCCGCGAGCGUCCUAGAGGACAUCCGGAACUGCGUGCUGAACCCGAAGACAGACGACCCGAAGACAGACGACAGCUCACCAUGGCCUUCCUGGGUCCUCAAAGUUGUCGUGCCGGUGCUGUGCCUUGGACUGCUGAUGGGCUGCCUUGGGUACAGGCGCCACCACCUCAGGGCCACGACCGCAGCAAUGACAGAUGUGGAGCUUCCCGAGCAUCCAUUGCGGGCCUAA